CCGCGGGCGGUGCGCGGCCGGGCGGGCGAGGAUGUCGGAGACCCCGGCCGAGUCGGGCGACUCGGGCCCCGGCGCGGCCGCCCCGGGCUCUGGCGCCUCUGAGGCCGGGACGCGGCGCCUCAGCGAGCUGCGGGUGAUCGACCUGCGGGCCGAGCUCAAGAAGCGGAACCUGGACACGGCCGGCAACAAGAGCGUGCUGAUGGAGCGGCUCCGGAAGGCGGUGCAGGAGGAAGGGCAGGACCCCGACGACAUGGGCGGCGAGCUGGAAGGCGCCGGCCGGAGGCUGGCAAAGAGGUUCGCCAGAGGGCAGAAGACGGAGGAGGAAGGCCCUGAAGACAACGGCCUGGAGGAGGACCCCGCGGACGGGCAGGAGGACGUGGAAGCAGGGCUGGAGGCCUUGCGCGGCAUGGACAUGGUGGACAUUAGUGUGCUGGACGAAACCGAGGCCGACGCCGGCGGCGCUCCGGAGUUUGGCGAGGACGCUGACGACAUGCUCGACUCCUUUUGUGACAGUAGAGCGUACGGGGCUGCGGCGCUGAGGCCCCUGGAGCACGCUGUGGAUGGGGAGGCCUUCGAGAACUCCAUGGAAGCGACGGCGUUGGACCUCAGGAUGAGUCCGGACAUUGAAGACGCCCUGUUGGAGCCAGAAAAUGAGAAAAUACUCGACAUUUUGGGGGAAACUUGUAAGUCUGAGCCAGUAAAAGAAGAAGGUUCCGAGCUGGAGCAGCCAUUUGCACAGGAUACAAGUAGCGUGGGGCCAGACAGGAAGCUUGCGGAGGAAGAGGACGUUUUUGACAGCGCUCAUGCUCAUCCGGAGGAGGAGGAGGAGUUGGAGGAGGAGGAGGAGGAAGAGGGAGAUUUAGAUUUGGCCAGCGAGUCAACACGAGCUCAGUGGAGCAAGGCAGACGCGCUGGUAGACACGGGUGGGGAGCCCGUGGCGCAGACGGGCGGAGGCGCCAGGACGGACUGUGAGCCUGUAGGGCUAGCCGAGCCAGUUGAGCAGAGUAGCGCGGCCUCAGAGCUCGCGGAGGCCUCUAGCCAGGAGGUCGCGGAAGCGCCCACGGAAGCCCCAAGCCCAGAGCCCAGAGAUAGCAAAGAAGACGUGAAGAAGUUUGCUUUUGAAGCUUGUAAUGAAGUCCCUCCGGCUCCUAAAGAGUCCUCAACCAGUGAGGGCGCUGAUCAGAAAAUGAGCUCUUUGAAGGAAGAGAAAGACAUAAAGCCAGUCGUUAAGGAUGAGAGAGGCCGCAGCGGCAGCAAUGGCGGCGGCGGCAGCGGCUCAGGCAGGAACCUGUGGGUCAGCGGGCUGUCCUCCACCACGCGCGCCACAGACCUGAAGAACCUCUUCAGCAAGUACGGCAAGGUGGUCGGGGCCAAGGUGGUGACGAACGCGCGCAGCCCCGGGGCGCGAUGCUACGGCUUCGUCACCAUGGCGACCGCGGAGGAGGCCACCAAGUGCAUCAGCCACCUGCACAGGACGGAGCUGCACGGCAGGAUGAUCUCCGUGGAGAAGGCUAAAAACGAGCCUGCAGGCAAGAAGCUGGCCGACAGGAAGGAGAGCGACGUGAAGAGGGAGAAGCUGCCUGGCGCCGACAGACACCACCCCGUGGAGAUCAAGACGGAGAAAACCAUCAUUAAGAAGGAAGAGAAAAUUGAGAAAAAAGAGGAAAAGAGGCCGGAAGACAUUAAGAAAGAAGAGAAAGACCCAGACGAGCUGAAGGCUGGGCCUGCGAACCGCUGCAGGGCCACCAAGUCAGGGAGCCGAGGCCCGGAGCGGACAGUGGUCAUGGAUAAGUCGAAAGGCGAGCCCGUCAUCAGCGUGAAGACCACCAGCAGGUCCAAGGAGAGAAGCUCCCCGAGUCAGGACCGCAAGUCCCAGAGCAAGGAGAAGAGGGACAUCCUGUCGUUCGACAAGAUCAAGGAGCAGAGGGAGCGCGAGCGCCAGCGGCAGCGCGAGCGCGAGAUCCGGGAGACCGAGCGGCGCCGGGAGCGCGAGCAGCGGGAGCGGGAGCAGCGGCUCGAGGCCCUGCACGAGCGCAAGGAGAAGGCGCGGCUGCAGCGGGAGCGCCUGCAGCUCCAGUGCCAGCGGCAGCGGCUGGAGCGCGAGCGCAUGGAGCGGGAGCGGCUGGAGCGCGAGCGCAUGCGCGUGGAGCGCGAGCGCCGGCGCGAGCAGGAGCGCAUCCACCGCGAGCGCGAGGAGCUGCGGCGCCAGCAGGAGCAGCUGCGCUACGAGCAGGAGCGGCGGCCCGCGGCGCGGCGGCCCUACGACCUGGACGGCCGGCGAGAGGACGCUUACUGGCUAGAGGGGAAGCGCAUGGCGUUGGAGGACAGGUACCGCACCGACUUCCCCCGGCCGGAGCAUCGCUUCCACGACUUCGACCAUCGGGACCGGGGCCAGUACCAGGACCACGCGGCUAACAGGAGGGAAGGCGCCAGGCCAGUGAUGGGCGAGCGAGACGGGCAGCACUACUCAGAGGACCGCCACGGCCACGGCGGGCCCCCAGAGCGCCACAGCCGGGACUCGCGGGACGGCUGGGGGGGCUACAGCUCGGACAAGAGGAUGAGCGAAGGCCGGGUGCCGCCUCCCCCCAGGGGCGGCCGCGACUGGGGCGAGCACCACCAGCGACUGCAGGAGCCCCCGGCACGCGCCUGGCAGGGCGGCGCGGACGAGGGCGUGGCCGCGCGGGAGCACGCCAGGUGGCCAGGUGCUGAGAGAGGCCUGACGGGGCCCUCGGGGCCGGCGCACGCGAGUCGCGGCGGAGCGGCGGGGCGAGGCGGCUUCCCGCAAGGCGGGCACUCCCAGGGCCACGUGGUGCCCGGGGGCGGACUGGACGGCGGCGGAGUGGCCGGCCAGGACCGGGGCAGCAGAGUCCCGCACCCGCACCCGCACCCGUACCCCCACUUCACUCGCCGCUACUGACGGCGCGCACGGCGCGGGCUCAGGUAGGCGGCGCCUGUCGCACGGUCCAGGUUACCCGGAACUGUGGGGUCUUCUGCCAACGCCUUGUAGCUCCAGACAAUGUGAACUCCCUUCUUUUUCUUUCUUUUUUAAAUAAAUAUGUUUUCGUUCUGCCA